UGGAGUACCCGGAGGAAACCCCCACAGCACAUCACGGGGAGAACAUGCAAACUCCGCACACACACACACAGGGCCACGGUGGGAAUCGAACCCCCGACCCUGCAGGUGUGAGGAGAACGUGCUAACCACUAAGCCACCGUGCGCCCUGUUAUCAAGAAUAUCAAUUGGAAUUGAACUUUGGCGGCGGACGAUGACGUACGUAGAACGAGUUCGUGAUGACGUACGUAGAACGAGUUCGUGAGGACGCAGGAUCGUGUACUGAGAAACGGCUAGUGUGGGCAGAUCCACGCUCCGAAAACCUACCGGAAAACGCUAGUGGACCGUCCAUUCUCAUUUCAACAUGCUACAAUUUCCGACACACUCAUUCUAAUCUAAUCUAAAGUAGGUGAAUUCGGACAGUGCAUGUUUUUUUCCCCCUUGAACAAACUGAGAUGUGGGCGGGGUCUGGGGCGUGGCUAUGUAAACGUGGCCUGUGUAAACACAACACACACUUAUAAAGAAAGACACAGCUCUCACACAGGAUUUCCCAGCCACAGAAUACACGUAUACACUGAGGGAUGAGGUCAUGGCUUAAACCUGAUCUUCUACAGGUUUUCUUUGUUCUGGUGAGAACAUUUAAUGAAAUAAAAGACUAUCGCACCUUCAACUGAAGUGUGUUUAGAUGCCUUCUGGACCUGAGACUGGGGUUUUGGUUUUUUUUGCGACUUUUCAACAUGGUCGACUAGUGCAACACCUGACACGCUCGUGCCAACCCGUUUUCAGUGAGCAUGACGUAACGAGGAUAAAAAAGGGGGCGGGGCUUGUGUGGCGCUCCUGGUCGGCAGGUUGUCGCGCGUGCAGGAGUUGCGCUGUGCCUCGGCAGCAUGCGCGCGUCCGCCGGCGCAACUUCCCCCGCACACACCUCAGCGCUGCUCCCGCACCGCCAUCCUCACCUCCACACCACCAGCAACUUUUCAGGAGGCUUAAACACACACACACACACACACACACACACACACGGAUAAUGUCUCUCUGAAUCCUGCCUGGAGAAAUCAUCACGGUUCGGGUUCGGAUUCAUAAUUGAUUCUUGGAAGGAAAAGGCUGUGUGACUGUACCACUUCUUCUCCAUCAUCUUCAUCAUCUUCAUCAUCUUCAUCAUCAUCUUCUGAGCAGGAUCUGCGCUGCAACACGGAAUUGGAAACAUGUCGGCCAAAUUCCUGCUCCAUGUCGUACUUCUGUCCGUGUUGCAUGCAUGUUCUCAAACCGUCGCGUCUGAAGACGAGGAGUACGACGAUGUGACCGUCAGUCAAAUGCUGUCGCCGAAAAAGAACGAGAUGGACGCCACUCAGAUCCUGAACAACCUCCUGAAGGAGUACGAUAAGAAACUCCGCCCUGACAUCGGAGUUAAACCGACCGUCAUCGACGUGGAUAUCUUCAUUAACAGCAUCGGACCCGUCUCGUCUAUAAACAUGGAGUAUCAGAUCGACAUCAUCUUUGCCCAGACGUGGACAGACAGUCGGCUCAGAUACAACAGCACCAUGAAAAUAUUAACUUUAAACAGUAAUAUGGUGGGACUGAUUUGGCUCCCAGACACAAUCUUCAGAAACUCCAAGAACGCAGACUCGCACUGGAUUACAACACCCAAUCAGCUGCUCAGGAUAUGGAACGAUGGGAAAAUACUUUAUACUCUCAGGCUGACUAUAAACGCUGAGUGUCAGCUGCAGCUCCAUAACUUCCCCAUGGAUGAACACUCCUGCCCACUCAUCUUCUCCAGCUACGGAUAUCCACGAGAUGAAAUGAUCUACAAGUGGAGGAAGAACUCGGUGGAAGCGGCCGAUCAGAAGUCCUGGAGACUUUAUCAGUUUGACUUCAUGGGGCUGAGGAACACCACGGACGUCCUGAAGACCACGUCAGGUGACUACGUGGUGAUGACGGUUUAUUUUGACCUGAGCAGAAGGAUGGGCUACUUUACCAUCCAGACCUACAUCCCCUGCAUCCUGACCGUCGUCCUCUCCUGGGUCUCCUUCUGGAUUAAGAAAGAUGCAACGCCAGCCAGAACUGCUUUAGGAAUAACCACAGUGUUAACCAUGACCACGCUGAGCACAGUGGCCAGGACGUCGUUACCCAGAGUCUCAUACGUCACCGCCAUGGACCUCUUCGUGACCGUCUGCUUUCUCUUUGUCUUUGCGGCUCUCAUGGAGUACGCGACGCUCAACUAUUACUCGUACAGUGUUCGCAGGCCGACCUGUAACAAGACGAAAAGACCGGUAAGGAACUACUCAGUGCUGGACGUGGGACCUCCUCCUACAGUCAUCGCUCUGAACAACUCCAUGUACUGGCAGGAAUUUGAUGACGCCUGUCUGUAUGAGUGCCUGGAUGGAAAAGACUGCCAGAGCUUCUUCUGCUGCUAUGAGGAAUGCAAGGGCGGGGCCUGGAGAAAGGGCAGAGUCCACAUAGACAUCUUGGAACUGGACGCAUACUCACGUGUCUUCUUUCCCACCUCUUUCUUGUUGUUUAAUGUGGUCUACUGGGUAGGCUACCUCUAUCUUUAGCAAUCCACCCGUUUCCUUUUCGAAGACGCGGAGGACUUGACUCGGGCAGGACCAAGACUUUCUAAGGUACGGUCAAAAAGAAUGGGAACUUUGUUCAGUCAAAGACCUCUCCAGUUGGUUGGGAAACAUUAAAAAAAAUAUAACACUUUGCCAUAACAAAGUUACAAGGAGAUACUUUCCAAGCCCUUAAGCUAAGGAGUCCGGCUCUUUCUACACAGUCGGAAGUCCACAGGCGUUAUGUCUGGUAGCAUU